CUUACAGAACAGACGACCGAUGAUGAUGAUGACGAUGAUGAAAUCUAAAGGCAAUGUCGUAGGAUGAAUGCACAAGCAAACAUUCUCCCACGCAAAUUUAGUAUGUGUACCGAUGGAGUGAAAAUGUCUGUUUAGAGCUUAUUGUACACCACUCCACACUGUACACUGUAAGUCUACAGAGACUCCAGGUAGCUCAUAAUGAUAUAAUUGAGUCUGAAAUAAAAGUUUGAUGGAUUGAUUACUAAAAAUACUACUACUUUUUUCAUUGCAUUUUUACACUGAACUCAUGCGUCAGGUGCUCUUCUCCAAAGCAACAUGCAUUUAUUAAACUCUGCAGGAACAAGAGGGACGCAACCCACCUAGAUGUAACAAAUAUAGGUUUAAAAGCUAUCAAUCGGGGAGAGAAAAGUUUGAUUAGGGAGUAGUGUUCUACAUUAGCCACAAGAUGGAGUGAAAGCUCCUUUAAUGCUCAGUAACCAUCUGGACGGCCUGAAUUGAUUCAGAACCCAUAAACAGUUCUUUGUUUUUACUCGUAAUCGUAGCGUUUAGUGUUAUAAACUCCACUUGUAGAGGUUUAGUAGAGCAGUGCGUCUGUUAGGAUCAUGGACUCGCUAAGGAGGACUAAUCUGAAGGAGUGUCGCUGCUUUAGCGUGUGAACAUGCCUCGGUUUUGUUUUGUUGCUCAGCCUUGUUCAAAACAUGUUCCUGUUCCUUUAAGGGAUCUCUCCAGCUUCACCGUGGUGACGUUGUUCACAGUAUAUUCCAUAUUCAGAGAAAGUCCAGUGGCGGAGUGUGGAAUCUCCUUCCUGUGAUAGCAGUCUCCUCCAGGUGCUGAGCAAAAAGCAGAACAUUUUUCAUCAUGAACACAGACAAAAAUCCUGAGUUUACCACCCCAGAGGGAAACGGGAUGGACGUUUGCAGUGAUGUUGCAGACUUGAAGCCACAGGAGGAGGAAGAAGAAGAAGAGAGGGAAGAUAAUUCAUCUGGUGAAAAUGGAAUGCAGUGUGCUGAAGGUGUGACGGCCUCACAUGUGAUAAAGAUCGAGGCAGAGGAGAUGGAAGAAGACGAUCUGUACCCGGAGGCCGAAAAAGAACGAGAAAUAUCGCUGAAAGAGGAAGCGGAGGGGGCCAGUGAGGACGGGACGGAGGAAGGAUUCGACGAGGAGAGAACAGAGGAGGACGAUGACGAGGAGAGGGACGGGGAGGGGGACGAAGAUGGAGAUACCCUGAAUGAGCCACAGGACCUGUCACUGAUGGACUACUCCCGAUACAACAGCGCGGCGCUGCUAGACGCCCACGCAGGAGCAGCGGCUGGUGCAGAAGGGACCUACGUGUCUGGAGCCGUGGCCCCUCGCAUCCAGACGACAGGCAAGCUCAACUGUGACAUCUGUGGCCUGUCCUGCGUCAGCAUCAACGUACUGCUGGUGCACAAACGCAGCCACACGGGUGAGAGGCCAUUCCACUGCACUCAAUGCGGGGCCUCCUUCACCCAGAAGGGAAACCUGCUGCGCCACAUCAAACUGCACUCCGGGGAGAAGCCUUUCAAAUGCCCCAUGUGCAGCUACGCUUGCCGCCGUCGUGAUGCUCUGAGCGGGCACCUGCGCACCCACUCUGUGGAGAAACCCUUCAAGUGCAACCAUUGCAGCCGCAGCUACAAGCAGCGCAGCUCCUUGGAAGAGCACAGAGAGAGGUGCCAUGUGUACAUCCAGAGCAAAGGCCCCGCUGAGAGAGAGGACAGCCAGACCUCCCGGACUCAAAUGGGCACUGAGCGCGCUCUGCUGCUCGACAGGCUCGCCAGCAACGUGGCCAAACGGAAGAGCUCAAUGCCACAGAAGUUCACCGGCGACAAUGGUGUCUGCCUUGACCUGAGCUUUAACAGGGAGCUCGUCUACCGUCCUGAGGUCAAAGAUCCUCCGUCAGGCUCCCCGGGGCCUGACACCCACCAACAACCAACAGGGCCAGACAGUAACCCCGCUGCCGCCCGCAGGCCCUACCCUAUCCAGUUGGGCCGCAGCGACAUCAGCCCCAUGGGCCUCACGAACGGCCACAAGAUGGCCAUGCCGGUCCUCGGCCACCCUCACGCCAACCAGCCGCCCCUCGGCAUGGACUCGUUCCACGCUGACGGCUCCCAGAUGUCCCAGCCUGUAAUGUACAACUUGGGGCACCUGCUGGGGGGGCUGAAUCAUCAGAACGGCAUCCCUCACCCACACGCCCAGCCCAUGCCCUUGUCGCCGCUGGAGGCUUUACGGGUGGUGCGGGUAGACGGGGAGGGCGGAGCACUGCCCGGGGCGGUGUACCCCUGCGGUCACUGCAGGGUGAUCUUCCUGGACUAUGUCAUGUUCACCAUCCACAUGGGGUGCCACGGCUUCCGUGACCCGCUUGAGUGCAACGUGUGCGGCCACCGCAGUCGGGACCGUUACGAGUUCUCCUCCCACAUAGCCCGCGGCGAGCACCGCCUGGAACUCAAGUAGCUUUCAUUCAUGCUUGUGACACACACACACACACACACACAUGCUCAGAAAGAUAACACUGUAGAAGAACACACACAGAUUUACUCAUAUAAGUAGCUUGUAGUAUUAGAAAUGAAAGCAUGAAAUAUUUUGUCUGUGUGUGUGUGCGUGUGUGUGUGUGUGUGUGUGUGUGCAUGUGUGCGUGUGUGUGUGGGUGUCUGUGGGUGUGUGUGGUGUUUGUGUGAGCGUGUGGGUGCAUGAGUGUGUGUGUAAGAGAGAUCUAUUGAGAUAGACGUUAUAGGAGGGCGGCAGUGUCAGUGUGUUCUUAGUCAUACUGUACUCAUCUGCAAAGAUGGCCUGUAAAGUGUUAAUCCAGGAGUAAUUCUACUUCUUUUUCAUUCGUUACAUGAUAACUGUUUAUAAAUAUAAAUAUGUCAACCAUACAUGCAUUUAAAUGUCAAGAUCAAGAUAGCGAAAGAGAAUGAAUGUUUUGUGUAUCUACUGUCUUUUUUUUACUGUUCUAUGUGUAAAGAUGUUAAAAUAAAAGAUAACUCCUUUUCCUUCA